AUGAAUGCUACCCGACGAGUCGCUUUGCAGGAAAAUGGAGAAUGUCCGGAAUGUGGCAAUUAUCGGGAGCUUAACGACUCGCUGGGACCGUGGGCGUGCACUCCUUGUGCCAACAAUUUCCGGAAAAACGCCGGACGUCUGCCCGCCAAGAAAUGCGAGCUGAACUGCUCCGCCGCGCAGAACUGCACCUUCCACAGGGUGCUGAGGGGAAUCGCUCGGGGCUAUCGGCUGCCGCAACAUAUUCGGAUGCCCGAC